CUGCCAAUAUACGCCGGAAGGAAGACUGGAGAAGAAUAUUUUAUUGAGCUCUGAAAAUGUCGGUGAAUCAGAGCUGCAAAACGAGCCACACAGCGUGUGCCAUUGCUUGAAUCUUCACGAGUCGCCGGAAAGAAAUUCCACCCCAAGAGAAGAUUACUGGUGGAAAACAGAGAAAGAGGAGACCUCGAGUGCUUGUCGGGCCCAGAGUAUGCAACAUGCUUAUGGCAGCGUUUACACGUUUCACGUGAGCACGCAAACGUGCGGGAGACACCAUACAGAUUGCAUUACCUGAAUCUUCACUUUCGCAGAGCAGUCUGAAGCAUUAUAGAAUCGAAAGUACCCUGUAGCCUUUGUUCGUACCCAAUCCGAAAAUGGCGAAGUUAGGGGUGUGUGCCAGUCUUCUCGGGGAUACAACUCGGGACCACGAGGAGCUCGUAAAAAUUCAGGUCUCCUUGAGAUUCUGUCACAUCCUCAAGAACCUGGAAUCGAUGAGUAGGAUAGUAAACGCUCGGCUCUCAACGAAUCCAAGCACUUCUUCUUCUCUGCAGCCAUAGCGGUGUAUAUAGACAGGAAAAAGCUCCCUUCUCCUGAAAUUCGCCUGCUAGCAGACGAUGUCAAAGUCUUAUGCAAUGCUGGUCUCGGAAAGGUUUGCCUACGACAUGUGCUGGAAGUCAGUCACACUGACUUUCACCAGGAAACUGAACACCAUUGAGCUGACACAUGGGCAAAGCCAUUGAUGAGGGUGAGGAACUUCCACGGUUCGUCAAAGUUGCAUGCAGCAGCUGCAGCAGCAGCAAGGAAAUAUACGGAUGUAGAUAUCGAUGUGGAUAUCGACCCGCCUAGCUUCUACAGGCUAAACACUGAAAUCCUUCCGAAUGCAUUCAGUAGGAUGCUUUCUCUCAAGGAGUUCUGGGCUCCGUUGUUCAGUACCAGGCUGAUUGCUGACAUGUGAAAUAUCGCGGUGACCUCUUGCUUGAACGAGCGCCUUGUUGGAAACGCCAUUCGACGCCAGCACAAUGGUUUUCUGCUUCUGGAUGCCAUGGGACAGGAAGCGGAUGGUGAGGGACUCCACACCAGCUAAAAUCCUGUGUGCCAAUUGCGGUGGAUCUGCAAGUGAACUCAAGGUGCGCACCACCUUUAGGUUCUGCUUCAUUCCACUGUGCUGGACCACAAGCUACAUCAUUCUCUGCCAAACUUGCGAGUGGAAGGGCUUGUGUAAAUUCGACUUGCCGGGGAGAAGAAAUUUCUGACAACUUUCAACUAUUUCGGCUGGCGUUGAGUUGUGAUGAGAGUAGCAAGUGAACAUGUCACCUCAUCACAAUGUCGUCUACGGGAGCCGAGAAAUCUCAAGAAUGCUGUGCAUCGUUGUAUGGAACCAGUCACAGGUUUAGAACCUCUGUAAAUGUUCAGCUGCAGGAAAUGUUAGUGUCUGCCAGAAGAAGGCAACUCUUACACGGGAUUAUGUGUUCUGACUGAUGGACUCCUGAAGCUUCCUUCCUACAUAGAUUCCAGAUUCAGAUUCACAGGAAGUGUUUUUACAACUCUCUCCACAUGGCGAACAGAGAUUCUGACAGAGUCAAAAUUCGAUCCUUCAAUUUCAUAUGGUAUCCACGCUGCUAUCCCAACAGUUCUCCUUCCACCGAUAGAUGAAUGAUACGCACCAUACAACUGCAACUACGGCUGUAGUUUCGUGAUAAGGAGUAUCGGUUGUAAAUUUCCCUUUACAUUCGACAGCUUUUUGGCCUUCAAAUCAAUUAGCAGAUCUCUACGUUUUCGUCUUUGAUGAUGAUUCAUUGCACAGCUGAG